AUGGUCUUCGGCUCUUCCAAGAAAAAGUCCAAGGAAGGAAAGCCGCUCGCGGAUCCAUCCGCCAAAUGGGGAAUUACGCCCUCUGAAGAGACUAUGAACAAUGAAGUGGGAAAAGACCAUCCUGUUCAUAAGAUACCGCUAGAAAAACAGGAGAAAAUGCGAGCGAAGGGUGUAGACCCCGUAUCUAAGGCCGAGAUGGAUGAGGCUCUGAAGGGACAGGGGGGAUUCUGGGCAAAGUUGGGUAUGACUGCCUUGGGCGGCGGAGUGAUUAAAUAA